AUGGCCUCUCUGAGUUGUGCCACGACGUGGCUGCUCAUUCUUUCUCUUCUACUCUUACGACCGCCCAAAACGCCUCCGCUCGCGGCAUCGUUGCUUCUAUUGCUGCACAUCCUUCUACCUCUAAGGCGCAUCUUGGAAUAUCUCCCAGCGCUGCUCAGCGACCGCUCGACUCUCGCAGCAUCUGACGUUGUGCCACCACUCCUGGACGCGAUACUGACAGGAGUCUGCUUAGUCCUCGUUCUCUCAAUGCCUACGGCGCCAGGUGGAUGGGAUGGGCAGGUGCCAGUGUGCGAGAGGCAGCGAUUGGCCGACGACGUAGUCACACCCGAGACUGAGAAUAUCAAAGAGAGCUACGAGGCCUCUCCAACUACGCCAGAGGACUAUUGCUCCUUGUACCAGUCCCUGACGUACACUUGGAUGGCGCCUUUGCAGAAGCUAGCUCUGUCAAGACCUCUUCUACCCACAGACAUUUGGAGGUUGAGAAGCGUCAACGACGUGUCGAUUCUGUAUCGCAAGUUCAGUGCUCUGCUCGCAUCCAGACAAGGUUCCUCUACGCGCAGACUUAUCUCCGCGCUUCUCUCCGCCAACAAGCGGGACAUUAUCUGCGAUGCUCUGUGGAAAGUCACCAGCGUAUCUUUGGCUUAUGCUGGACCCGCACUCAUGCGUCGCAUCCUCGAAGCUCUUACAGCUGCAGCACAGGAAGAUCAACAAGCACUUUCGGAAGGCCAAAAGAUGGGCGCUGGCUCGUCUGCAGAAUGGACACCAAGAAGUCUGGCACUUGCUCUAGCUAUCGCCACGCUCGUCGCAACUGCAGCGCAGUACGUCGCACAGGUCAGAUCGUACCACAAUGCCAGACAAGUGGGUUUGAGAAUCCGCAUCACACUCGUCAUGGCCUUGUUCGAAAAAGUUUUGAAGAGGAGGUACCUUAGCGGAGCACCAGAAGAGGUGACGGGAACUCCUGCAGAGAGCAAAACCGAACGUACACCUCUGAAAGGUGCCAGCGAACGCAAAGGAGCUAUCAAAGCGCAACAGACCAUAAAGGAGAGCAGAGCAGAUGUGGGAAAGGUGGUCAAUAUGAUCGGUACGGACAUCAACACCUUGCUUCGGCUGGGCUGCGAUGCGCAUCAAUUGUACGGUGCACCUAUGGAAGCUAUCCUUGCUACCUUUCUACUCUAUCGACUGAUGGGUUGGGCAUCACUCGCCGGAGCUGCGCUCUUGAUACUCGUGUUGCCCAUCAACCAUCUGUUGGGUAGAGUAGCGAUCAGAGUGCAAAGACGUUGGCGUUCCGCGACGGACAAGAGGAUCUCCCUCGUAGCUUCUGUGCUGACGAACAUCAAAUUCGUCAAGCAACAAGGCGUGGAAGCCAGAUGGAGAGACCGGAUACUGCUAGCGAGAAACGAGGAGUUGAAUGCGCUCAUCAGAGUCAGACUGCUGGAUUUGGCCUUCAUUGCUCUGUGGCUCGUGACGCCCAUCGCUGUCACUUUAACUUCCAUCUACUGCUACACUUAUGUACAGGGCAAUCAGCUUACUGUGCCAGUCGCUUUUACCGCUAUUACGCUCUUUGCCAUGCUGCGAACUCCUUUGAACGUGAUUCCCACUUUUGUAAGCGUCUUCAUCAACAGUGCGAUUGCAGUCUCUCGUAUUGCAGCCUUUCUGGACGAGGAAGAGGUGGAGGUCAUGAUUUCGGGAUUGAAAUGCACUCCCGGCAUGCGUGCGCCUAGCUCGCUCGAUAUCUCCACCACGACUUCCACUCUUCGGAUCGAGGGACCUGCUGCGUUCGUCUGGCACAGACCCAAAUUGGACGCCUCAUCCGCCAUGUUCACCUUGCAGCUUCCCACGCUCGACUUUCCUCCUGCUGGGCUCUGUGUCGUGUCUGGUCCGACGGCCUCUGGGAAAUCGACGCUUUUGCACUCCUUGCUUGGGGAGACGAUCUGUCUGAGUGGCAAGCUGGUUCUGAACAAGUUUGUUGAUGGACGUCGCAGCGAUGUUUCGUUUGCUGGACAAUCGCCUUGGCUGCAGGCUGGGCUGUCCAUACGACAGAACAUCCUGUAUAUCACACCUUACGACGCUGUGCGGUACGAAACGAUCUUGAAGGCGUGCGCACUUGUAGAAGACCUUCAGGAGAUGAAGGAUGGCGACGCCACCAGGAUUGCAGCAGGAACAUUAUCCGGCGGUCAAAGAGCAAGAGUGUGCCUCGCACGCGCGCUGUACGCUCGCACGAGCACCAUCAUUCUGGAUGACGUCCUUUCGGCCGUCGAUGCACGCGUUCAGAAACACCUCAUACACCACGCUCUGACGGCACCGAUCGCGCGAGGACGCAGAAUUGUGCUCGCUACCCAUCACGAGCAUCUGAUCCUGCCUCAUGCUGUAACGCACCUCAAGCUGCGCGAGGGCAAGGUGAUAAGCUUUGAGCAUCUUUCGUCUGCCGAAGGCUCCGGCAGCUCCGGGGCAACGAAGAGCGAGACAGGCGCUUCAGAAGCCGAAGCGAGCGCGACUGGUACCAAGGGAUCGUCUAGCGGAUUGUCCGCCACAGCUACGCCAGGAGGAUCGGAACAAAAAAGAGCCGAUGCACGGGAUACGGCAGAGCUUUUGUACGAGCUGGAAGGUAGAAGACAAGGCGGAGUGCAGUGGACAUUGCUGAAAGUCUAUGCUGGCGCGGCACCUCCUCUUCCUUGGGUCGUGGUCAUCACGUUUCACAUCCUCGCACGCUUUGCAACAGCUGGCGAGCAGUACUGGCUCAAAGUCUGGGGCGAAUCAGCGGCCAGAUUGACCGACUACCUUGGUCUGGCUGCGUUAUGUACCGCCUCAGCGUUCCCACCCGCCCAUGGCCACCAGGCUUUCUACCUACUGGGUUAUGGCGGGAUCGGAUUGUCCAUCAUCACCUUUGUCCUGCUCAGCAGAUUCUCUUUUAUCUUUGCUCAGCAACAGGCGUCUCGCAAAAUCUUCAAAGCGCUCUUGUCCAACCUCAUCAGGGCGCCCAUGAGCUGGUGGGAUGCCAAUCCCUUUGGAAGAGUAGCGCAACGAUUGGGAGCGGAUUUUUCCGUUGUGGACACGGACUUGCCCAGCACUUCUCUGAGCAUCUUUGAGCAUACUUCGGCGCUCUCGACCUACGUCAUCAUCUGCACGGCCAUCGUACCGUGGCUGCUGCUACCGUCUGCGCUGCUUUUCAUUCUCGGACCAUGGGCCGUUCGCGGAUUCUUGGCAGCUUCUCGCGAUAUGCAAAGAGUGGAGAGCACAUCGACGUCUCCCAUGUACGACUCCUUCUUGUCAGUCAUGCAGGGCAUCGUCACCAUUCGGGCCUUUGGAGCUGAGGCUUGUACCCUCGAGACCAUGGGCGAUAUCACCGCGAGAACGAUGGCGCAGUGGUGGGCUCUUGCGACUCACGACGUUUGGCUGAGCUUUCGAUGUCAAGUGCUUGGAGGCGUUGCAGUCUUCGUAGCUUCCGUGGCUGCUAUCACCGGCGCAGUAUCUCCAGGCUCCGCAGGAAUGGUCAUGUCCUCUGCCGCGCUCAUCACGCAGCGCUGCUUGUACAUUGCGUCGGAGUCGAAAAAUCUUGUCAACAAUAUGAACAGCUUGGAGAGAAUCGUAGAGUACCGAGAUGUCGGCAAGGAAGCACCCGCUAUUAUGGACGAUCAAAGACCGCCUGCUGCAUGGCCGAGUCCUCAGGCGGACAUCAAAGUAAAAGACCUAGCGAUGCGGUACCGCCCAAAGCUGCCGCUCGUACUGAAAGGUAUCAGCUUUGACGUCAAGCCGCGCGAAAAAAUCGGAGUCGUGGGAAGAACAGGCAGUGGCAAGACGUCGCUGAUGGGAUGCUUCCUGCGCAUGACUCCAUUCGAAGGUCAAAUAGCAAUAGAAGGCCUGGACAUUUCCUCGAUCGGCCUAGACGAUCUACGACAACGCAUAGCCGUCGUGCCGCAGGAUCCCGUCCUUUUUGGACAAGAAACUGUGCGCAGCAAUCUGGAUCCCUUCAACGAGCACACGGAUGCAGAGAUGAUUCACGCGCUCGUUCGCGUCAAGCUGGACGUGAUGAGCAAAUCGUCCACCGGUACCGAUGGGUACGGAUCUACACUUGCUUCCAACAGCAUCUCUCUCGAUACACAAGUCUCGGCCGGCGGCGCCAACUUCAGUGCUGGUCAGGCGCAGCUACUAUGCCUCGCAAGAGCAUUGCUGCGCGGGUCGCAAAUUGUCCUGUUGGACGAAGCCACGUCUAAUACAGAUCACGAGACCGACGCUGCCGUGCAGCAGGUCAUACGAACGCAGCUGUCGGACCGUAUCGUCAUCACCGUCGCUCAUCGUAUAAGGACAAUUAUGGAUUACGACCGCAUCUUGGUCAUGUCACACGGCUUCAUCUUGGAGUUCGACACCCCUUUGAACCUGUUGGCAAAGAAGGACGGCGCUUUCCGCAGAAUGGCAGAUGCGGACACAAUCUGA